AUGCCGCCGGCCACGCCGGGCGUGGAGAUGCUGCGGGCGGAAGAGUUGGAGAUGAACUUGUCCCGACCUUUGCGCUACGUGGAGGAUCGCUGCCUUGCCGACCGUGUUGGAUUGGCCUUCCGGGAGGGGCGGCCGUUGAUCCUCCAAAGCGAGGCCAAGCCGUGGAAGAUGAACCUCUUCUCGGCGCUCACGGACGCCACCAGCUUUCUCGUCGCCGCCAGGUACUACAUGAAGCUGGACGCGGAAACGAAGCGCGAGUUCUUUCGGCCCGUCUCCGCGCAGCUCUCGAGCGCGAGCGGGUCCGUGCUGGAACCAGAAGUGGUGGAGCUCCCGGGCAAGGAGUGCGUGCACAUCUCCAAAGCGAUGGUGGAUGCACCCAGCGCCCGCCCGGGCGCCGAUUGCGCCGCGCGCGCGGCCUUCCGCGGCUUUGAGCGGCUGGCCCGAGCAGUGCUCAUGGCCCUACAAGCGAGCGAGCCCGGCUUUCAGCCGCUGCCGCAGGCGCAGCGACUCGGAUAUGCGAUCGACAUGUUCUCCGGAGGGGCUGGCACCUAUCGAGACCGGCUGAAGCCCUUGAUCGACGCAUCGGACCAGCACGUGCUGAGCAUCUUUUCCUACUCCGGCGACGCCUGCGGAGAUCACGUAGACCGGGGUCUACUGACCCUGGUGACGAACCAGGAUGGUGCCCUGCAGAUUUUCCAGCAUGGCGCUUGGGUGCAGGUCCCUGCCACGGAGGGGCUGGUGGUUUUCGCGGGAAAGACGCUGGAACUGCUCACGCGGGGUGCGUACCGCGCCGUGGUGCACCGCUUGGCGCCGGGCCGCGCCGCUGGGCGCACGAGCCUGGCGUUCAAGUUGCGGGCGCCCACUGGAGCGGUCGUGGAGCUGGACGGUGAACGGAGUACCCUGGGAGAGCUGUUUGAGAAGCACCUGGAUCGCCCGGGCUUGUCCAUCAACCAACCCAACCACCGAGCCGCACUCCAGCGCCCACUGCGCAUGCCUGCGGCGGACCCGGGCGCCAGCAGAGCAGCGCCUGACACAGCGGACGCCGCGGCCAGUGCGUGCACGGGCGACGCGAAAGCGACGCAGUUGGGGCUGGGAGUGUGCACAAAGCUUGCGUAUCACUCACAGGUCAUCACGGUACCGAUCUUCCACUCCCUGGAGCUCCAGAGCUUCUUGCGCUCCCGCGCGACGUGCCGCGACUGGCAUCGGGAUUCCACCUCCUGUGAGUGCUGUUGGGUUCGCUUCUGCCUCACCCUGGGCAUUCCCUGGUUGCAGAGGCAGCUGGAUUGGCCCUUAUAUUUGAGCGAUUGGCAGAAGAAGUUCUACAUCUGGAGGCAUCAGAAGCCCAUCCGCGCGGUUCCGCUGCGAACCCCCUUUACCAUGUCCGUGGGCCCCUCGCCGGCCGUGUGCCGAACGAUGCGCCUGUCGGCGGCCAUCGAGAAAUGGGGCUUGACCGGGUUCUCAGAGAUUAAGUUCUACCGUCCGGAGGAGGGGCGAAGCCCGGUGAACUUGGAAUGCUUGGGCAUUUGGGAUGGCGCCCUGCUGCGGCAGAGAUAUCAGGAAGAUGACCUGGACCGGGUGGACUUCGAACGGCAUGGGGGUACUGCUUGGGACCCCUUCCUGGGGGAGUUCCAGUUGACGGACCACAUCAACUUCCACAUUGUGAUGCGGGGUGAUUGA